AUGGGUGCAAAUGGUUUUAUUGACACAACUAUCGCACUGUUGAUGACAGUAUUGUCAAUGUUGCAGGUAUUCACAAAGCAAAUAUUCAAGAAGCAAAUAACUUUUGAAUCAAAAUUUAUUAUUAUUUUGCGGGCUGUUUCAAUCCUAGACAGCCGCAAUAGCAACAAACUUGUCAAUGUUGAAACCAAUGAUGUGUUGCAAUAUGGUGCCAUACUUGGCAGAGAAAUAACCUCAUCAAUCGGUCAAUCGGCUACAUUUCUGAUUAGUAAGCAGAUCUUGGUAGCACUUAAUUGUCGAAUCGAAUUUCCGGAAACGGUUUUGUGA